UCGGUUUCAGUUGCGUCUAGAUUUUCGCUAUCAAUGCACCUGCGUCAGACUUAUCCGUUCAAUGGAGGAACCAUUAUUUUCUGCUUACGGGGAUUUCGUCGACUGGUCUGUCCAAACUGCUUGGGAACAGAAUGACGCCGAGGUGGACAGUGCGUUUGGAGACUGGAGUUCUGCCUGUAAUGGCAACAAGUCGGAUGCAGUUGAAAAUUCUUCAUCUCUGUCUUCACCCAUGGACAUGGACAUCUCUAAACUCUCAACAAAGCUGGAGAAUGGCAAUGUGAAGAAAUCAUGUGUAGUUUUCCAGGAGUGCUUCCAGGUCUUGGGUGAAUCUAAAGAGACCAACUGUACUGUACGAUCUCUGUCCCAGCUGCUAGAAAACACACAGCCUUUUCAACCAACAGCUACAAUAUGUGACUGUGGCAGCUUGUGGAGCCAUCUGGUGGCUGAGCCCAGCAGGCUGAGGCUGUCAGAGCCAAAGCCCAGCUUACACUGCCACAGCCACAGCAGAAUGGUUUCUGCCCUCAGAAUCACACCCUCAAAUUGCGUCUCUGACCAGUGUGAGUCUGUCCUUUUGGAAGAUCAUGAAGAAACUACAGAGACCUCUUGCCCCCCUGCUGCUGCUCUCAUCAAAACCAAGCUGCUGGCCCCCUCCUCCUGCCAUGGUGACACCCCAGCUUUCCUCUACCAAAUCUCCCAGCAGUGGCUGACUCAAUGCAGCAUCCAGCUGCAGCCUCAGCACCACAAGAAGCCUCCUGCACUGAACUAUGGAGAAGGAUAAGAUGAAGAUGCUGCUUAGCAUUGCCCUACUGUACUGUUGUAGAUGGGUGAAACGGGUUGGGUUGUUACCCGGGUGAGAACAAAGUAUACACUUUUCGCAACAUUUUAUUUAUACAGAUUGUAAAGAAAGAACAUUCUAUGAUAUUGUGUAUUUAGUUUGCAGGCGUGUUCCUGGUUUUAUAUAUAAUAUUUUGAUACGGAGUGCAGUUACAGUGAUACUAUAAAAUGUUCUAUAAAUGUAUUGAGUUAUUUAUUCAGUGUAACACCUGUUUUAUACAACUAUUGUCAAGAGCAGAGGGAACAAUGCAAUUCUUUGGAAGACUUUGGAAGUCACAGCACUCCACUAGAGGGCAUACUGGCUUUCUCAUAAGUCCCAACCCCCAUUUUGCAAAAUACAGCGCAUUCAGAAA